AUGGGAAGCGGAGACGGCACCGGUGACAGCACGGAAGGCCAGGGCUAUGCUGCCGACAUUGAUUCCAUCAGGGAGGCGCAGGCACGCAUUGCGCCGUACAUCCACAGGACGCCCGUUCUGUCGUCGACGUCCAUCGAUGCCAUGGUGGGGAAGCAGCUCUUCUUCAAGUGCGAGUGCUUCCAGAAAGCGGGCGCAUUCAAGAUCCGAGGUGCUUCGAAUUCGAUAUUCGCACUUGAGGAUGAGCAGGCAUCAAAGGGCGUUGUGACACAUAGCAGUGGGAACCAUGCCGCCGCCGUGGCUUUGGCUGCAAAGCUGCGUGGCAUACCUGCACACAUUGUCAUACCAAGAAAUGCACCAGCGUGUAAGGUUGAAAAUGUUAAGCGGUAUGGUGGUCAUAUUAUCUGGAGCGAUGCCAGCAUUGAAUCGAGAGAAUCUGUUUGUAAAAGAGUCCAGGAGGAGACUGGUGCUGUUCUUAUUCAUCCCUUCAAUGAUAAAUACACUAUCAGUGGUCAGGGUACAGUAUCUCUUGAACUUUUGGAGCAAGUCCCUGAAAUUGACACAAUUAUUGUUCCCAUUAGUGCAGAACCAAAAGGUGCUGAUGAUUCUGCGCAGUCUAAGGCUGCUGGAAAGAUCAUCACAUUGGCUUCCACAAACACCAUUGCUGAUGGACUACGAGCUUUUCUUGGUGACUUAACAUGGCCUGUGGUGCGUGACUUGGUGAACGAUGUUAUCGUUGUGGAUGACACUGCGAUUGUGGACGCCAUGAAAAUGUGCUAUGAGAUCCUGAAGGUGGCUGUUGAGCCUAGUGGCGCAAUUGGCCUGGCCGCAGCACUGUCCGACGAGUUUAAGCAAAGCUCUGCUUGGCAUGAGAGCAGCAAGAUAGGGAUAAUUGUUUCCGGAGGCAAUGUUGACCUCGGCGCUCUUUGGGAGUCUCUGUACAAACAAUGA